UGUGAUGAUGAUGGCUUGGUGAUAUCGGGGUAUGGCUCUGGGGAAGCGUUCUAACCUGCCCCCCCUACUGAUGAAGAUUUUUACACGACCUUCUCCUUGGUAACAGAUAAGACCUCAUCCACGUCAGGCUUUGAAGGUGGCUACAAAGCUCACGCACCCAAGACUUUUAGACCUAACAAACCUUCAAUCCCAAUCUUCAGACGCGUUAGGACUACCACUACCGCCAUACUACUAACCGCCGACCAGAGCCGCACCACCGCCACCUCUCCUCUACCGCACCCCUCAACAAUGCUCCGGCCAAUGAAUAUCCGCGAGCUAAAACCCCAGCCGAACCUAGUGUUGCUUCCAUUGCCCACAUCCUUUGAGGUAGACAGCACCGAGCUGAGGGGCCCGUUAAUAACCUCCCCAAUGUUCCGUAAUAUACCCACAGCACUCCCCACAGAGCCGGGCGUCAGGCGAGUUCCAGGGCCCUCGGAAGUGGUCCGUGAAUCUAGCAGCACCACCGGGAUGGUCAUCGGAAUAGUGACGGCCGCUGCCCUGUGCAUCCUCAUCCUUCUGUAUGCCAUGUAUAAGUACAGGAACAGGGAUGAAGGCUCCUACCAGGUUGACGAGAGCAGGAACUACAUAACCAACUCGGCUGUGCAGAGCAAUGGCGCUGUCAUGAAGGACAAACAGCAGAGCUUGAAAGGCAGCAACAAGAAACAGAAAAAUAAGGAUAAGGAGUACUAUGUGUGACAGACUUUUGUAAGCAUGAGAGAGUGAAGAAAGAAAGCACUAACAGAACAUUUACUUUUCAGUUUCCUUGCGAGGAGCUAUGAUAAAUGAUGGUAGAACAUGGAACUUGAAUAAUCUUAUACUGUGCUGAGUAGUUGAAAUGAUGAUAUGUACUGUAAUAUAAAGCACACUUACUAUUGUAAGCAUAACGACAAAGCUAAAU